UAUUGAUUAAUUUUAAGACACAACAUUCCGGCAUACGAUCUAUUUGGGCGAUGCGUUGAUUAAAUUUUUGGGUGUAAAGGAAAAUUAAAGUAUUGCCAUUGAAUGGCAGCUGCAUGACAAUUACCAAAAAAACAAAAAACUUACUUUCGUAGCCAUGGACUCGGAUUCGGAGCAGGGUUCGAGCUGAAAUUGAAAACUUGGACAGAAAAAUUUGUGGGACGUGCCACGAAUUUGGAUCAAGAAGACGGCAGACGCUGCCAAGCGUCGGUAGCUGCUGAUGUGCAACGAGUAGCGGGUGGUGCGGUGGUUCGGCUACGCAAUUGGUACGCCACAGUACCAUCCAUUCAGCUAGCCGGCCACGGCAAAUGCAAAUUUCGCAAAUUGUAUAAAAGUCGUCGAGUUUUUGGUAAUGGCAUGUCAGUUCAUUUUCGUUAACCGACGGUGACAAUCAAUCCUAACCCCCAAGCCGCACAAUGAAUCCUUUGACGGUUGUUGCAGUCCUUUCCACUCUGGCGCUCUCCGCUCAGGCGGACUUUGCUGCCCCACUGGCUGCUAGCCCAUACUUUGCAUCGCCAGCUCUGCGUUAUGCUGCUCCCGCUGCUUACUCUGCACCGCUAGGCUUUGCUGCGCCAGCUGCCUAUUCGGCACCUCUUGGUCUAGCUCCUGCUGCCUACGGAGCUCCUCUGGCCUACUCCUCUCCUCUGGUUGCCAAGACCUUUGCCGCUGCUCCAGUUGCUGCCCCUCUGGCUGCUGCACCAUUGGCUGCCCGUUACGCUGCUCCAGUGGCUGCCCCUCUGGCUGCUCGUUUCGCUGCUCCUCUGGCUGCUCCAGUGGCUGCUCCUCUGGCUGCUCCAGUUGCUGCUCCUCUUGCCGCUCCAGUCGCUGCUCCCGUUGCCGCUCCCGUUGCCGCCCCUCUGGCUGCUCCCGUUGCUGCGCCCGUUGCCACAGAGAUCGUCGAUGCCCACCCACAGUACAAAUUCGCCUAUGAUGUCCAGGAUACGAUUACCGGCGACUCCAAGACUCAGGAGGAGUCUCGUGAUGGUGAUGUCGUUCGUGGCUCCUACUCUCUGAUUGAGGCUGAUGGCUCGCGUCGCAUUGUCACCUACUAUGCCGAUUCCAUCAAUGGAUUCAAUGCCGUCGUCCAGAAGGAUGUGCCCGUGGUGGCACCCGUUGCCCCCGUUGCUCCAGUUGUUGCCAAGCUGAAGACUUUCGCGGCGCCAGCACCUGUUGUCGCGGCACCUGCUCCCUUGUUCGCCAAGACCCUGGCCGGACCCAUCGUAGUCUAAAGGAAGCGAAGGACUUUAGAGGCGUGUCGUCUUGCUUGCGCCUUUGUGUAAAUGGAGUGUAUAACAGUUUGACAAAGGAUUUUCAUUUGUACAUAUUCGAUUAAUCAUUGUCGUGCUAAACGAAUAACUUUCAUCGCAAAACCCAAAUUUAAA